CUAUGAUUUAUAAUUAUGUAAAUAUCAAAAAGAUGGUUAGAUGUCGAUGUGGAGCCACAAUCUCACCAAAGCAUCUGGAACCUCAUGUGUCCGAUUUAUAUCUUUGAAAAGAAUAUUGAAGGUCUUAAGAUAUCGUCCACAUAAAAUUGAGAGCCUCAACCACCUUACGAUUCUCUAUAGCAAUAUCCACUCUUAAAUAUCUUCUAUAUACACGAAACUCUUCUACUUUUCAUAAAAAAAACAUAUAUUACCUCAUCCACUAAAUUAUAUCAAGACUUCCAAUUUUUAUAGAAAAUAAAUUCCCAUUUGAACCAUUGUUAGAAGCCUCAGAGCUGUAUCUGAAGCACCACGCAAACACACAGCAGGAGAAGUGGAAUGGCGAUUAUGGAGAAGUGUUUCCAAAUGGGUACUCCCAGAGCCUGCGUUCUACAACACUCUCAUCGUCGCUUUACUUCCAUGGAUAAACCCUCUUUCACCAACAUCCUGAAGCCUCCGAUGAAAGUUUCAGCUAUAACAUCUUCGUCUUCUGCUCAUUCUUUCAACCUCAGAUCCCGCAUCAUCUGCAAAGCUGCUGUAAAUCAAGUUCAAGUGGUAACAGACGGCACUUGGAAUGAAAUGGUGGAAGCAGCAGAGAUGCCGGUGUUGGUGGAGUUUUGGGCACCGUGGUGUGGGCCAUGCCGGAUGAUUGCUCCGGUGGUGGAUGAACUUGCAAAAGAAUACGCAGGCAAAGCUUUGUGCUAUAAGAUAAACACCGACGACUGCCCAAACAUAGCAUCAAAAUAUGGAAUCAGAAGCAUCCCAACUGUGCUCUUCUUCAAGAAUGGAGAGAAGAAAGAGAGUGUCAUUGGUGCUGUCCCUAAAUCCACUCUUUGUGCCACUUUAGACAAGUAUGUUGAGUAAUAACGCUUGCCUUCAAGGCUUCAUAAGGGACUUAAAUUUUAUGCAAUUUUUGUUACAUUUCACAAAAAUAUUGUGUACAAGAAAUUGUAAAAAUAUUUUUCAUGUUAAUACAAGUGUAUUUUCUAUAUCCUUCAUUUUAAAUUGUUGAGGACUUUCUAAAGAAAAGAUUAGUGAUAAUCAAUAACUUGAAUAUAAAAUUACUUUGCAUAAGUAAUAUUUCUAGUAACUACUCGGGGAUACCAAAGGGCUUCUAUCUUAGUGGUAGUGGUAUCAAGUGUUGUCUUCUCUCUUUGAGAUCGAGGGUUCAAGUCUCAUCUGAGAUAUAUG